AUGCCCCAUCUAGUGGAGCAAUUUAUGAAAUUGAAGCCGCCUAAGUUUACGGGAAAAGGUGACCCCGAGGCUGCACCGAAGUGGGUAGAAGAACUGAAAAAGGCGUUUGAGGUGUUGGGGUGCACCGAGCAGGAGAAAGUGACACUAGCCGUUUAUCAGUUGCAGGAAAAUGCGAGUGAUUGGUGGAAGGCCACCAAGGGAAGAGUAUUUCCGGAAGGUAUCGCCCAGACUUGGGCUAUGUUUACUGAAAAUUUUUAUGGGAAAUACUUCUCGGAUAGUGCCAGGGACAGGAAGAUAGCAGAAUUUGUGCGACUCCGCCAGGGUCAGAUGACUGUCAAUCAGUAUGAGGCAGAAUUCGCUAGAUUGUCUAAGUUUGCGCUGAGGAUGGUGGAACAUCCCAAGGAUAAGGCGCGAAAAUUCCGGAAAGGAUUGAGACCUGACAUUUGUACCCUGUUAAUACCGUCCAAUCUGAGAACCUAUGAGGACAUCUAUGAUAGAGCUCAGGCUCUUGAGCGGGACCAGGUGGAUAGGGCAGCCGCAUCUGGAUCGCGGUUUGCCCAGAACAGAGAUAACCGCCGUCUGGGGAAGAGACCAAUGACAGGGAAUAGGCGCUUCGUCCCACCAAUUAGGAGGAACCUUGGGAAACCGAACCCUCCCUCGAGCCGAUUUGGGGCUUGUUUUAAGUGUGGAAGUUUGGAGCAUCAGAUCAAAAAUUGUCCCCAACAGCGCCCUUCAGUACCCCCAGGGCAACCGCAGCAAACCAGAAUAGGGAAUCAAGCCGGGAAUCCCCCACCAGCUAAUCAGAGCAGGCCGCCAGCGCAAGGGCGAGUUUAUGCUAUGGCACGUAGAGAGGCGGAGGAUACGCCGAGCGUGGUCACAGAUUGCACAGAGAAAACGAGAGAGCAUGACGCGAAGUUCGAACAGCUCCUGCAUCGGACACUACCGAAACAUCACUUGUAG